CCUCCUUCCACUGUAUCAGUGGGUAGUAGUUAUGCUUGUGAAUCAAAGAAGAGGAGAAAAUGUGAGAGUGGGAGUGGGAGUGCUAUUGAGAAAGCAUUCAACUUGAAGGAUAGAGAGCAAUUGCAUUUUGAAAUUGCUAGGAUGUUCUACUCGGGGGCCGGGGGGGGUACCUUUUAAUCUUGCAAGAAAUCCUUACUAUGUUAGCUCUUACACAUUUGCUGCAAAUCAUAAUAUUCCUGGAUAUUUGCCUCCCGGUUAUAAUUUGUUACGAACCACAUUACUUCAAAAAGAGAGGGCAAAUAUUGAUAAAUUGUUGCAACCAAUUAGAAGCACAUGGAAGGAAAAAGGGGUGAGCAUUGUUAGUGAUGGUUGGAGUAAUUCUCAAAGGAGGCCUUUGAUUAAUUUUAUGGCAGUGAGUGAAAGUGGGCCUAUGUUCAUUAAAGCAGUUGAUUGUUCUGGAGAAACUAAAGACAAAUAUUUCAUUGCAAAUUUGAUGAAAGAAGUGAUUAAUGAGGUUGGGCCAAGUAAUGUGGUACAAGUCAUCACGGAUAAUGCUCCUAAUUGUAAGGCAGCCGGACAACUCAUUGAAGCUCAAUUCCCUCAUAUUCUAUGGACUCCUUGUGUGGUGCACACAUUAAAUCUAGCUUUGAAAAACAUUUGUGCCGCAAAGAAUAUUGAGAAGAAUGAAGUCACAUAUGAAGAAUGUAGUUGGAUUAGUGAUAUUGCCGGAGAUGGUUUGAUGAUUAAGAAUUUUAUCUCUAAUUACUCAAUGCGAUUGGCUAUGUACAAUGAAUUUGUGUCAUUGAAGUUGCUUUCGGUUGCCGAAACACGAUUUGCCUCCACAAUUGUUAUGCUCAAGAGGUUAAAGCCUAUAAAACGUGGUCUUCAAGCAAUGAUAAUUAGUGACAAGUGGAAUUGCUAUAGAGAGGACGAUGUUGGGAAGGCAAAAUUUGUGAAAGAAAAGAUUUUGGAUGAUGUGUGGUGGGAUUACAUUGAUUAUAUUCUUUCCUUCACGGGUCCUAUAUAUGACAUGCUUAGGGCUUGUGAUACAGGCAAACCUUGCCUUCACUUAGUAUAUGAUAUGUGGGACUCAAUGAUAGAGAAAGUGAAGAUGUCAAUUUAUAGGCAUGAAGGGAAAAGAAUAGAUGAGGAAUCUACAUUUUACAAUGUGGUGCAUCAAAUUCUCGUGGAUCGUUGGAAUAAAAACAAUACUCCUCUCCAUUGUAUGACACAUUCAUUGAAUCCAAAGUAUUAUAGUGAUGAGUGGCUCCAUGAGGAUCAAAAUAGAGUUCCUCCACAUAGGGAUGAAGAGGUGACACGUGAGAGGAACAAGUGUUUUAAGAGGUAUUUUGAAGAUAUCACGGAGCGAACCAAGGUGAUAACUGAGUUUGGAAAAUUUUCAGGUUAUGUUGAAGCAUUCUCAGAGUAUGAUUCCAUUCAUAAUAGGUGGCACAUGGAUCCUUAUACUUGGUGAUAUGCAUAUGCACCAUCUCUUCAAAAACUAGCUUUGAGAUUGCUUGUGCAACCUGCCUCUUCAUCUUGUUGUGAGAGAAAUUGGAGUACUUACUCCUUUAUUCACUCAGUGAGAAGGAACAAGAUGGUCCCUCAACGCGCGGAGGAUUUGGUGUUCAUUCAUAGCAAUCUUCGUCUUUUAUCAAGGAGGAGCUCCCAAUACUUGCAAGGAGAGACAAAAAUGUGGGACAUUGCCGGAGAUAACUUUGACUCACUUGAUGAUAUUGGAAUGCUUGGGAUAGCUAACCUCUCACUUGAUGAACCGGCUAUGGAGGCGGUCCUAUUUAUAGAUGAAGGAGAAGAUGGAGGCGGUGGUGAAGACG